UGAAAAUGGCUCGUCAUAGUAAGAUUCAGCUGGAAGUGCUUCGCCUAUACAAGCAGUGUCUCCGAGCAGCUGAAAAGAAACCUGGGUUCUAUAAUAAUGUUCAGUAUGAGUUUAGAAAAAAUGCCACCAUUCCAAAGACUGAAAUCCUGCGUGUGGAGCACCUGCUGAGACAGGGAUGGCGCAAGCUUAAGAUGAUGCAGGACCCUUUUGUCAGUAGCAUGGGCCGCUUCCAGAAGUGAACAAUGUGAAUCUUUGAUGGAAAAAAAACAUUGUAUACAGUGGCAGUGUUAAGAUAUUUUCAAAUUGAUUAAAACUAAAGAAAUUUGGUUAUCAGAUCAGUCUUAGAUACUUCCUGCCUCACGAACAUGGGAAGUAAGGUUAUUUAUUUGCACAAACUGGGACGCAUGCCAUACUUGGCUGCCUGGGAGCUCCAGAAGAGGACGGCAUUGGAGGUGAUGAAAAAUGUGAGGUGUGGAAGGGAGCCCGGCCACCGGCUACUGCUGGUGGAGCAUGACCCAGUGUAUACAACAGGACUCCGUAAAGAUGAUUAUACACCAGAGAUAGAGGCAGAACUGCGACAGAUAGGAGCAGACUUCUACCGAACUAACCGAGGUGGCCUCAUUACCUUCCAUGGGCCAGGACAGCUGACAGCCUACCCCAUCCUCCACCUCAGAUCCUUCAGCCCUGGCAUCAAGUGGUAUGUGUGUGCCCUGGAGCGCACAGUGAUACGCACCCUGAGGGCGCUGGGCAUCACCGCACAGACCUCUCCCCACACUGGCGUGUGGGUGGGAGACAACAAGAUAUGCGCAUUAGGUCUGCAAGGUCGCCAUGUCACGACUCAUGGGUUGGGCCUCAACUGCAACACAGACUUGCAGUGGUUUGACCACAUUGUGCCGUGCGGCAUCCCAGACAAGGGUGUCACAAGUGUCACCCGGGAGCUGGGAAGGGAGGUCACCAUACGGGAAGUGGAGCCAUAUUUUCUAGAGGCAUUUUCAGAGAUAUUUAAUUGCAAAAUUGUGAUGAGCCAGCCUGACUUUGAAGAUAAAGACAUACCAUCCCAUCAUAUAUAGCAUUAAAGAAAUCCAUUUUAAUUUUGAGCUUUUUGUGUGAUUGUUCUAAGGUACAAGUCAAACUAUGAGAUGAUAAAGUAUAAUUUUUAUGUGAAAUCUGCAAAUAUGUAAAUAUAUUCUGUGAAUAUCU